GUGGCGACAAAUUCACCACGUGCGCAGCAACUAACUUUCAAAAAUGUCACGGGGGCUUGUUUUACGUUGUUAAUUUGUGAAGAAUUACAGUUUUCUAGUAAAAUAGGCUAAGUUACUCUGAAAUUACACGAUUAUAGUAAAUUAUCGUUAAAAAUGCCGAAAUUACCCAACAUAUAAAACAAUAAAUACACUGCGUUUUGAGUGCUGUUGCAAAUUUUCCCACGACGCUUGAAGGCAGCAGCAGUCCACGUGACCUCUUCCGCGUUUACCUGCCCGCGCCCACACGCACCAACAGGCGUAAGUUCAGCGCGGUAUAAACAAAGUUUGAUGAAGCUAAUUUCCAUAACAAUGUUCACAUCCGGAAGACGGUGAGUGAAAGAGAAGGGAAUGCGCAUAAAAUCUUCUUAAAUCGAGCCAUAAUCACUGAAGUUCCGUUUACUUGUGAGAAGUUGUCGCACUUGGGUCGUGUACAAUGGGAUGUUGCCAGAGUAAAGAGACCAAACGAGACUGGAAACCUCUGGAGGAUCGGAGCUGCACAGACAUACCAUGGCUGCUCCUGUUCAUGCUCUUCUGUUUGGGGAUGUUGUGUAUAUGUGGCUUUGCUAUUGCCACUGGGGCAGCCGCCAGACUUCUCUCUGGAUAUGACAGUUAUGGCAACACCUGUGGUCAGAAGAACACCAAGAUUGAAGGAGUGGAGCUGAGCGGCCAGGAUAUGAGAGAAAAGAAAUAUGUUUUCUUCCUAGAGCCGUGCAACUUUGAUUUGAUCAACAGAAAGAUCAAGUCUAUAGCCCUGUGUGUCUCACAAUGCCCUUCUACGCAGCUGCAGACCUACUAUGAUAUAAAACAGUUUGCACUCAGUAAUGGCUCUGAACUAUGCACCUAUGACAUCACUACUGCACGAUACACCAGCCAUUCUGAACGAUUCACCAAGUGUCCCAAACUCCCAGUGCCUGCAAGUAAAUCGGUCCCAAUCUUUCAUCGCUGUAUUCCUGUGGAGAUUGCCUGUUACGCCGAGUUCAUCCAGGCUUUCGUCACAUUCGUCAGUGACAACAGUGUUUUGCACCGGGUUACAGCCGGGGUGAUGGCCAGCAAAGAGAUCAUUAUGGGUCUUUGUCUUUUGGCAUUGGUGUUGUCCUUGGCCAUGAUGGUCGUGAUCCGCUACAUCUCCAAAGUGGUGGUUUGGAUCUUAACAAUCCUGGUCAUUGUUUGCUCCUUAGGUGGAACUGGUGUCCUCUGGUGGUUGUAUGCCGACCACAGAAAGGCUCUUAAUAAUAAUUCUACAACUGUAUUUGGUAAAGAAGUGGCUGCAGACAAUGUGAAAGCCCUGCUCAUUUAUGCUAUUGGAGCUACAGUUUUCACAAUUGUGCUUCUGCUUGUGAUGUUCUUCAUGAGGAAGCGAGUUUCUCUCACCAUCGCUCUCUUCCACGUGGCAGGGAAAGUGUUCAUCCACCUGCCUCUCUUGGUGCUGCAGCCUUUCUGGACCUUCCUCUGCCUCAUGCUCUUUUGGGUCUACUGGAUAUCUGUGCUGCUGUUUCUUGGGACAGCAGGAACACCGCUUAAGAACAAUUCUACGAACCUUGUUGAAUAUAAAUUAGAAGGGCCCUUUCAGUACAUGGUGUGGUACCAUGCGGUGGGUCUCAUCUGGAUCAGUGAGUUCAUACUGGCCUUUCAGCAGAUGACAAUAGCUGGAGCUGUGGUCACCUACUACUUUACCAGGAAUAAAUCACAGAUGACGUCCAUCCCUAUUCUCAAAGCGAUGGGCCGUACACUUCGGUACCACCUGGGCACACUGGCCAAAGGUUCCUUUAUCAUCACUCUAGUCAAGAUCCCCCGUCUCAUCCUCAUGUAUAUACACAACCAGCUCAAAGGGAAGGAAAAUGCCUGCGCUCGCUGUAUGUUGAAAUGUUGUAUCUGCUGCUUGUGGUGUCUGGAGAAGUGUCUAGCUUUCCUGAAUCAAAACGCUUACACCGCAACAGCAAUCAACAGCACAAACUUCUGCACCUCAGCCCGUGAUGCUUUUGUUAUCCUGGUGGAAAACGCCCUUCGUGUGGCUGCCAUUAACACUAUAGGCGACUUUGUCCUCUUCUUAGGAAAGAUUCUGAUUGUGUCCUGCACAGCCUUUGCUGGAGUCCUGGCUUUAAACUACCAGAGAGAGUACACUGUUUGGGUCCUUCCACUCCUCAUAGUUUGUCUGUUUGCGUUUCUGGUGGCUCACUGCUUCCUGUCGGUUUUUGAGAAUGUGGUGGACGUACUCUUCCUAUGCUUCGCCGUUGACACCAAAUACAAUGACGGCAGCCCUGGUCAUGAAUAUUACAUGGACAAGGCCCUAAUGGAGUUUAUUGAGAAUAGUAAAAAGGGGCUGUAUAAAUCAGGUGGUACAGGGGAUGGAAAAGAACUGGAACCCAUGAAGCACAGAGGGACGUUGGCCUGAUAAAGAAGUCAAAAAGGUCACUGUAAAAACAAACGUACUAAACCACUGAAGACAAGCGCUUAUAUACUUAGAGCUAACAAAAUAAUGCAGGGAUAAAACAAGUCUGUAAGCAGAGCCAGUGCAACACUUUGUGCCUUUCUAUAAAAAUUGUGCAACAGAACCAGUUUAACACUAAGAGAUAUGUUUUUUUACUAUUGUGUGUAACAUUGUAAAGAUGCUUGGUUUUAUAACAUAGUGUUAACUUUAGUCUAUAUUUUAUUAAUUCUUAGUCUUUAAUUAUUGAAGUUUUCAAUAAAUUCAAAAAGUAUCAUUGUCUUUUGUGUAGUUUUAGGUCAGCCUGUGUGUUUAGAUGUUCAGCCACCAGAGGUCAGCAAAUCCCUCUACGUGGAUCAGUGGUUGUGGUCACAUGCUGGUUUUGAGUGUGCAAGUAACCGCAGCCACUGAUUUACGACUUAAAAAGUUAUUAAACCCAAAUGUAAACAGAAAAUGAUCUGAUUUCUUUCUAGUCAUGGUCCUUCUGACUACGCACAUAAAAUUGUGGAGUUUUUAUGUUAUUUAGGUAAUUUUAAAAACUUAGAAAUCAAAUAUUAAUCAGAGCAGUAUUGAAUAUGUUGUUCAUUUUACAUUUAUUUGUAUAUUUUAGGUGGAUUUGUUUUGCCAUUAUAUUUUAUUUAAUGCAUUUUGACUAUAUUUGUUAACUUGGCCUGAAAGUAGAAAUGCAUGUACUUUGUUUUGAAGUGUGUUUUUGUCUUUUAUAAAAGCUUUGAACACUCAA